GUUUCAGUGAGUGUUUGCAAACACUGUUUGCUUUGUUUGUUGGCAUCACUUGCGCUGACAAUUGAUUUGCACUUCAUUUCGACCAUUCAUUACACCAUCGAUUCAAUCGCCGAGAAGUCGGACAACAAGUGCACGAAAAAUGAGCCGCAAUUCAAAAGAGGGCAUCGUAUUAGCCAUGGAUUGCGCGAAGACUAUGCGAGACGAGUGCCGUCGGGGCGACAGAAGUGUGUUUGAAGUGUCGAUACAAUGCCUGCAAAACAUUGUCCGCCAGAAGAUAUUCGCCGAAACCAAGAAUGAGUACCUAUUGAUGCAGUUCUCGGCCUCCGAUGGCGUGCGAGUGGUCCCCCAAAAGGGUGGUCUCAUGUGUCCACCAAAUUUCCACCUCUUGAGGCAUCUUAUGAGCGACUUGUCGGACGUGACGCGCGUCACAUCGGAUCCCAUCAGUGUGAUGGACGCGUUGGAUGAGGCCAUCAAACAGCUCGUGGACUACACGCGGCUUAAGAAGUUGUCGGACAAGAAGAUCGCUUUGUUGACAAACUUUGGACACUUCGACGACAAGGAUAUGCAUCGCUUUGACACCGAUAUCGGCGAACGUUUGCGUCAAUUGGGGAUUAAACUCAUUAUUAUG